UCAGGUCGAUAUGGUAUUCUACGAGAACUUGAACAACCAGUUUCGAAGGAGCUUCAUAGAGUUGCACUACAAGUGGUGCAGCUUCCUCUUCAAGGACCCUAUCUUUGGAGCCGCUAUUCGACGGCAGAUCAGUUUUGACCGCUGCCCUGUCCCACCGGCUACAUACCAUCUAUACAACUUGACAGCAGCGGCUGAACAUCUCCCACGCCUCCCGUUUUCAAAAGGUCGCAUCUACGUGAACUUGAAAACUAAGUCAAAUACCAUCUUCAGUGGCUACUGCGAAAUGGAGCUGAAGAAGAAGAAACCAAUCAAACAUUAA